UAAAUCCUUUUUUUGAUGACUUGAUUUUGUUCAUAUCGAAAAAUACGUUAAUUUGAUUUCGUGAUAGUAUAUGUGUGGACGUGUUUUCAUUGUAUGCGAAUAAUUUCAAAAAAAUGACCGGACAUUCGGUACGGUUCGACAAAAAUGCAGCCAAUGAGGAUGGCCGCACUAAUGAACCAUCAGGUCGUUUGAGUAGACGAAUUCGAAGAGCUCCAUAUCAAUCGCAACCUAAUCUUCAUCGAUUAAAUCGUUAUGGAUCACAUGCAAAUAGUAUGUAUCGUUUGAAUUUUUUAAGUCCACAACAAAAACAAUCGAUUGGAAAAAGCUAUGCACAGUUGGUCCACAAAAAACAUCAACAACAACAGGAAAAACUAAUCAAAAAACAACCGGAUGCCGUUCCAAUCGAUAUGGAGAAAAAAGAAGGUCCCGAACCGCCGAAACGUGGCUUAUACACGAAUAAACAUAUUGCUAGUGCACAUCGUUUAUUGAAGGAUAUUCCGGAUGAUGAACCCAGUUUUAAGACUAAAUUGCGUUCAGUAAUGAAUACUUAUAAUUUUCAAAUUUUAAUGGUUGUAUUGAUCAUUUUGGAUUGUGUCAUGGUAUUGGGUGAAAUGAUCAUCGAAUUGAGAUUGUUUCAAAACGAAGACUGUCCAUACGGACAUUCAGAAACAGGUAAACAAGUAGCAAAUGCGAUCGUUUCAACAAUUAGUCCAUUGCUACAAUCAGCACCAAUGGUCGAGCAUAAUGGACAUGAAUCGAUUGUUUCUCAACACGAACAUACGUCUGGUCAUGGUAGUAGCGUUAAUGAUCACCAUCUUUUAGAGUGCGAACAUUCCGCUCACCUGUUGCACAAUGUUGAAAAUGUAUUUCAUUUGACGUCGAUUUUUAUAUUGUUCUUGUUCAAUGUCGAACUUUUAGUUCGUUUUUAUUCGGAAGGAUAUAAAUAUUUUUUACACUUGGAAAUUGCAUUGGAUGCAUUGAUUGUUAUGGUUUCAUUUGGUUUGGAUAUUGUUUUUUUGGAUCAUAAGAUGAAAAAAUAUCUUUACCUGUUGAUUGUUCUUCGAGUUUGGCGUGUAUUACGUGUUGUACAUGCUAUAAUCACAGCAAUUCGUGCACCACAUGAAAGACAGAUUGAAAAAUUGAAGAAAAAGAAGAAAUUGCUACAAAGAGAUCUGGCCAAAGCAUAUUUCUAUUCAAAUAUACUUGAAGAAGAGAUUAGAAGUCUUCGAGAAUAUAUUGAUAGUUUUGAAAUUAUCGAAGAAUAUGAUGACGAAGAUGAUUUGGAUGGUAGUCAUGGACAUGUGGAAAAAAUCCCAGUUUGUCAACGAUCAAUUCAAUCGGAACAAGGAUUGAGAUUUCAAUCAUCUAUUCAAAAGGCUCGACGUGAUUUCGAAAAUAAAAAUAAAAAUGAUGAUGAAGACGACGACGAUGAUGAUAAUGAUGAUAGUGAUACAAAUAAAAAUAAAUAAAAAUUUGUGUAUUUAU